CUCCUCUUUCUUCUUCCCAUCUUGGGUGGUUAAUGUAAGCAACCUCCACUCGCUCACCAAACAUUCAUCCUUAUGAAGCUCUGCAAUGAGAAGUGUGAUGUCAAGGCUGAGCUCUUGCAGCCCUUCAGACGAGUCUAAAGGAGGGUCCAGGAGACGGUAGCUCUGAAAAGCCCCGAGAAGCCCACAGACUGCCACUAGACGCACAAGUUUGCAUGCUGACAACAGAUUUACUCCUCAGGCAUGGAGUCAAAAACUGAUGUUGGGACAGCAUCGUUGACCAGCGAAGAACUGGCUGCUAUUGAGGAUGAAGACAUUCUCAACAAAAUGCUGGACAAAGCAACAGAUUUUGAAGAGAGACGAAUGAUACGCGCUGCACUGAGGGACCUGCUCAAGAAAAAGAGAGAUAAACGGGAGCAGGAGCGAGGGUCGAGGCAGCAGGACUUGAGGGAGCAGGGCCUGAGCAAAGGGGGAACAACAGGCCGAGCUGUUAGCAUAGGCAGAGCAUCCAUGAAUCAGCAGCCACCAACAAAGAAAGUGCCCAGUCAGCCCUCUCCAACAGCAGGCAGCCAGGCCAGUCCCGCUGUAGCCUCAACCCAGAAGUGUCCUGCUGCUGCAGUACCCAAUGCUAAAAACGUCAAACAGAUGCUUCUGGACUGGUGCAGAGCCAAAACAGAACCAUAUGAGGGCGUGGACAUCCAGAACUUCUCCUCGAGUUGGAAAGAUGGGAUAGCCUUCUGUGCCUUGGUGCAUCGGUUCUUCCCCGACGCGUUUGAGUACUCUAUCCUCAACCCUAACAAGCCGAGGGAAAACUUCCAGCUGGCUUUCAACACAGCAGAGAGGCUAGCAGGCUGCCCCCCUCUGCUGGAUGCUGAUGACUUAGUCCGGAUGAAAGAGCCCGACUGGAAGUGUGUGUACACAUACAUCCAGGAGUUCUACCGCUGCCUGGUGGAGAAAGGCCUGGUCAAAACCAAAAAGCGACUGUAAACAGCUGUCAUGAUUGGCUGUGAUUUUAAUUUUUGCAAUUGAUAUAUGCCGAAGCAUGAUGUGUGACCAAAAAGAUAACAUUCGGUGGGGUGGCUUUGCAUCAUGUGAAUAUAAAUGCACAAUAUGUAGCACUUCUGUCUGUUUGUGUGUUAGCGGGGACUUAUGGGUGUUUAUGUUCUCUCAGUGGACAGCUGGUGCUAAGGAUCAGUACAUUCCACUGAGAUUACACAUCUGCAUUAAUCCCAUUCAGAGCCAUAGAGAAUCUGGGAGCGAAUUUUAUGAGGAUGUUGUUGAGGGCCUGAUUGUGUGAGUAUUAAAGGCACAUUUAAUAAAUAUUCAUUCCAUUAUACAUGCUGUUACAUGCUGUUGUUCUUUAUCACUGAUGGAUUAACUGAAUGGUAGCUACUCUUGAUAUUAAUGUAUUUUAUUUACCCGAUUACAUGUUCAGAAUCUCCUCAUGUUUUAUUUAAAACUAUU